AUGAAAAGUAAAACAAAAUUUAAUCAUUGUAAAUUUCAGUUAGGCAUGAAUAAUUGUUUAUUAUCAAAAUUUCAAAAUUAUACAAUUAUUGAUCAAUAUUGUGAAAUAGUUUAUAAUUCAGUGAAACAUAUUAAUCAUAUGAUUAAUAUCAGUUAUGACAUAAAUCAUAAGAUUUUUCCAUUAAUGAUAAAUUCGACAAUACAAGUUUCUAAUUCAACUGAAAAAUAUAUAAAUUAUUCUAUUAUUAUUCUUAUUAGUUCAAUUGUUUUAAGUGUAUUAGCUUCGAUAGUUAUCAGUUGUAUUCAAAGAUGUCGACAACAAAAAUUGGAUGUGAUUAAGUCACCAUCGACUACAGAUAUUACAAGCUUUAAUAUUCGAACAAGUCUAAGACCAAUGACAUUGAAAGAUUUUUAUGCAAAAAGAAGUAUAUCCUAUCAACCCGAAUCUUCUCAUCAAUCAUCAACAAGUGAAACGAAUGAACAAAAUCAUCAUUUAAGUCAUGCGAGUACAAAUCCAAAAUUGAGACGAAUACGAACGUCUUUUUUCAAUUUAAUACAUUCGCAUCGAUCAGCAAAUGGUAUUGAAAAUAAAACUAUACAUCAACAACAAGAAUCUUUAACACGUCGUUCAUCAUUUAUUAAAUCAUCUGACAUAGCACCAUCUCUAGAGAAAAAAACUGUCGCAUUUGCAUCUGUUUUUGAUGAACCAACCAAUGAAUAUGAUGAAGAUCAUUUGGAUAGUAAUCUUGAAAGUAAUAUUAACGACGAAACAGUAUCAGAAAAGGAUCUUGUUACUGUUAUUUCAAACAAAGAAAAUGAUGACGAAAUACCGACUGAUCCAAACAAAAAUAUCGAACCCUAUCCAUUUCGCUCGGAAAUACAAUUACCUUCAUCUACUCAAUCAAAUUCAGUAGUUGGCGACACUACUACACAUCAUCGUCACUCGCGAAAGGACAUCAUCGAUCGCUUUAUCCACCAUCAUCGUACAAAAAAACUUCAUACUAAUCCAACUGUUAAAUAUAUCAGUUCAACAAAUCGAUCAAAUUCAACACCUGACAUAAUGAUUUCAUCCUCAUCAUCUGCAACUCCCACAAAAGUUAAAACACGUGAUCCACGACGACCAUUACAAGCUAUUCGUGCAUGGCUUAAAUCAUUAUCAUUACGUUCUUCUACCCCAGCAGUUCAUAAACAUCCACAAGAAAAUGAUUCAUCAAAACAUCAAAAACCACAAAUUGCUCGUCGAUCAAUUGGAUUACGAAGAUUUUCUGAACUUCAAUAUUAA